AACCACGAAACCGCCGUGUCGGCUCGGUGCCAGCACGUGCAGAUAAGCAAGCGACGAACGAGUGAAGCCGUCGGCGGCAGAAAGUAUGGUGAGGCCGAAAGACCAAAGCAUAUGGAAGCAUUUCAGAAAUUCAGAGGACAAGUCUGCUAUAUGUAUAUAUUGUGACCACAAAUACAAAUUUGCGCACAUAUCCAAAAUGAGAAAUCAUUUACUGAAAUGUACAAUGUACCCAGACAUAAUUAAAGAAGACAUAGAAAAAAAACACCUGGAAGCUGCGACUACUCACACACAUAAUGUUUGUCUUACAGAUGAAACAAUUGGUGUUGAAAUAUAUAAUGAAGGAAUGCAGCCAGGGCAAUCAACACCGCAUGAUACUGACGAGGAAACCGAAGAAAUGACCCAUAAGGCAUAUUAUAUGGAUCCGUUAGAAGACCAAGUUGAGGAGGAACGUGACAGUGAGGAUGCUUAUAAAGGUUCAGUACUUUGGAAGAUGGCAGUUGAAAAAAGGCGACACAUGGUGGCGAUGAGGAAAAUGGAAUUUCAGAUAAAAAAAGAAAUGUUGAAACAAGCAAAAAUAAAAACUAGAAUGAUGUUAUUAGAGUUACAAUUGAAAAGGAAACAAUUGCUCUUACAAAAUAAACUCGGCGAAAUGUCGUGAAAAUAACAAAUUAAUUAAAUAUUUUUUUUACUACCAUUAUA